AUGGUUCCAAUUCGUAUGCUCACCCUCUUCCUUCUAGCUACGCAGCUUCAUUGGUCAUUCACUCAUGGUUCUAGUGACCAAGUUAGAAAGGCGUACAUUGUGUAUUUGGGAGAGGCACUGCGGUUAAGAAGCAAUGUUGAUGUUCAUCAACACAACUUGCUUUCUUCAGUAAUUAAAGAUGAGAGUAUUGCCCGACAAGCUAGAAUACAUAGCUACACCAAGAGUUAUAAUGCAUUUGCAGCAAACCUAUUGCCAGAUGAAGUUCAAAAACUAAAAGAGAAUGAAAAUGUGGUGUCAGUAUUUCCUAGCAGAGUACAGAAACUUCAUACAACAAGAUCAUGGGAUUACUUAAGAAUGCCUCUCUCAGUAAAGAGAAAUCUUAAAAUUGAAAAUAAUAUUAUUGUUGGAGUAUUAGAUACUGGAGUAUAUAUGGGUGCUCCAAGUUUUAAUGACAAAGGAGUAGGACCUCCUCCAUCAAAAUGGAAGGGUAGAUGCCAAGUAGUAGGCAAGUUUACCGGCUGCAACAACAAGGUAAUAGGUGCAACUUUCUACAACAACAACCCCAAAUUUCCCCAAAGAAAGCCAUUCCCACUAGAUGUUGAUGGCCACGGCUCUCACACUUCAUCCACCAUAGCAGGUGCCACGGUAGCAGGCACAAGCUUGUACGGUUUAGGCAAAGGCAUAGCUCGAGGUGGGGUUCCAUCAGCACGUAUUGCAAUGUACAAGGUGUGUUGGCCCGAAGGUUGCAGUGAUAUAGACCUUCUGGCUGGAUUGGAUGAUGCCAUUGAUGACAGAAUUGACGUGCUAUCAAUAUCUAUCGGUGGGAGUUCAAAUGGCUUCUUUGACAAUCCCAUUGCGAUCGGUGCCUUUCAUGCAAUGAAGAAGGGGAUUUUCAUAGCAUGUUCAGCAGGAAAUAGCGGCCCAUAUGUGUAUACAGUGCAGAACACAGCUCCUUGGAUAAUGACGAUUGGUGCUGCUAGCAUGGAUAUGGAGUUUAGGACUUCGAUUAAACUUGGAAAUGGCAAGGAAAAUGUUGGACUUUCCAUCAACACAUUUACACCAAAUAAGAAGAUGUACCCUUUAACCAGCGCGGCAAUAGCAGCCAAUAGUACUUUAUUGCCAGGUUCAUCUCCCUGGUAUUGUGAUCAAGGGAAGCUAGACCAGAAAAAGGUCAAUGGAAAGAUUGUGGUAUGCAAAGAAGCAGCAAAUGAAACUUACAUCAAGUCUUUGGGUGGGAUUGGGGUGUUGAUAUCUGUCAUUGGGAAGAUAGAUACGAGCUUUACAACUAUCAUCCCUGAAGCCAUUAUUGAUUCUUGUUUUGGUAACAGAACUCUUACAUAUGUCAACUCAACCAAAAUCUUUGUCACUCAACUUUAUGUCAGAAUCUUUGUUAGCCAUUUAGUUUUAUGUCAGUAUUUUGUCAGCUUUAUAGGCUUUAAGGCUGUCAUAUACAAGUCCAAAAGAGUUCCUAAUGCUGCUGCACCCUUUAUGGCUUCCUUUUCAUCUCGAGGUCCGGCCAUUCUCACUAGCACAAUACUUAAGCCGGAUAUAGUGGCACCUGGGAUAGAUAUACUUGCUGCUUACUCUAAACUUGCAUCAUUGACUGGAAAUCCUGAUGACAACCGGUUUGAUGUAUAUAAUAUAAUCUCUGGAACUUCAAUGUCUUGCCCUCAUGUGGUUGCUGCCGCUGCCUAUGUCAAAUCAUUCCACCCUGAUUGGUCUCCUUCUGCAAUCAAAUCGGCCCUAAUGACAACUGCAAUUGAAAUGAAAGUCAAGGAUGGCCUUGCUGAGUUAGCCUAUGGUGCUGGCCAAAUUGACUUGACUAGCGCACUACUGCCUGGUUUGAUCUAUGACUUGUCAACGUUGGACUACAUCCGCUUCCUAUGUAAUGAGGGCUACACUGGGACAAAUCUAAAUUUAUUCACUGAAGAUAGAACCAAUUGCUCAAUUGUCCUUAAAUUUGGAGGAUAUGAUUCCCUAAAUUACCCAACAUUGUAUUAUCAGUAUGAUGACCCUAACUCUACUAUAUCAGCCAUCUAUUAUAGGAAAGUUACAAAUGUGGGCUUUAGAAAUUCUACAUACAAGGCAAUCGUCACGGCACCGAAGAAUCUCACUGUCACUGUUGUUCCAAACAAACUAUCUUUUACUCAGUUGCACCAGAAAAAAUCUUUCAAGGUUACGCUAAAGGCGCCACCACAAUUCCUCCAAACUUUCCAAUAUACCCAUUGA